CUUACUUAAAAAAGUAUUAAAAUUUAUUUUUUUAGGAUUUUGAUAUAACCCCCAGAAGGUUUCUUGAUAAACGGCGGAAGUAAUUUGGUGGGAGGAAGUGCCCGGAUUAAUAUUAUGGGAAAAUGGCGAUAUACAAGACGUCGAUGUGUGUUGGUAUCGAAGUAAAUCCGGACUAACAGUAUGAGUUUUAAUUGUAUUCACUUGGACGCCUGUUUCUAGGAGAAUAUUCAUUUACAGAGCUACAUCCAAAAUGUCGACCGAAAAAGUUCGUGUGGCUGUGAGGGUCAGACCAAUGAACAGGCGAGAAAUUGACAUGUCAACUAAGGUGGUGGUGGAUAUGGAGGAAAAUCAAACCAUACUCUAUCAUCCCAGCAGCCCAGCAGAUGGCAGUGUUGACAGGAAAGCAAGUAGGAAACAACCUAAGUCUUUUGCCUUUGACAACUCAUUCUGGUCAAUGGAUGAGAAGAACCCCAAGUUUGCAGGUCAGGAACAUGUCUUUAACAGUGUUGGCAAAGAUUUACUGGAGAAGGCAUUUGAAGGUUACAAUGGCUGCAUCUUUGCCUAUGGACAGACAGGCUCUGGUAAAUCCUUCACUAUGAUGGGGAGCAUGCAGAGUGAAGGUAAAGGAAUCAUCCCCCGACUCUGUGAUCUCAUGUUUGAACGCAUCGCCAAACUACGCAGUGAAGACACCAGCUUUAAAGUAGAGGUCUCCUACAUGGAGAUUUAUAAUGAAAAAGUUCAUGAUCUCUUGGACCCUAAAGGAAGUAAGCAGAAUCUAAAAGUUCGAGAACACAACAUCCUGGGACCUUAUGUGGAUGGCUUGUCUAUGUUAGCUGUAGCAUCAUAUGAGGACAUUGACAAUCUGAUGAAUGAGGGGAACAAGUCUAGAACAGUAGCAGCCACCAACAUGAACAAUGAGAGUAGUAGAUCUCACGCAGUCUUCAACAUCGUGUUGACCCAGACCCUGACUGACCUAUCCACUGGGGUUAGUGGUGAGAAGGUGAGCAAGCUAAGCCUGGUAGAUUUGGCAGGCAGUGAGCGUGCUCAGAAAACUGGAGCUGUCGGAGAUCGACUGAGGGAGGGAAGUAACAUCAAUAAGUCCCUGACCACAUUGGGUCUAGUCAUCUCUGCAUUAGCUGACCAGUCAGCUGGUAACAAGAAGAAGGAUAAGUUUGUGCCAUACCGAGACUCUGUAUUAACAUGGCUACUCAAGGAUAAUCUGGGAGGGAACAGUAAGACUGUGAUGGUAGCCACGAUUUCCCCAGCGGCGGAUAAUUACGAGGAAACCCUGUCAACUCUGCGCUACGCUGACCGUGCCAAGAAGAUAGUGAACCAUGCGGUGGUCAAUGAGGAUCCUAAUGCUCGGAUCAUACGAGAUCUUAGAGAUGAGGUGGACAUGCUCAAACAACAGCUCGAUGAAGCUCAGAGCAUGCAGGCCCCUGCACUACAGGACAGACUUCAGGAAUCGGAGAAACUGAUCAAAGAAAUGACAAAGACCUGGGAGGAGAAACUGGCAGAGAAGGAUAAAAUUAACCAGGAGCGACAUGAAGCACUAGAGAAGAUGGGCGUCUCGGUGCAAACCUCGGGGAUAAAAGUGGAAAAAGGAAGGUGUUUCCUUGUCAACUUGAAUGCUGAUCCUUCCUUAAACGAGCUGCUGGUGUAUUAUCUGAAGGACCACACCUUAGUUGGACAACAAGAUGCUAGGGUACAACAGGAUAUACAGCUGUCUGGGCUGGGCAUCAUGCCUGAACAUUGUGUGGUAGACAUUGAGAAUGGUGAUGUUUGGCUCACACCUGUAGAAAAUGCCAGAACUUGUGUGAAUGGUUCUGUCAUCACCAAAAAGACCAAAGUGAAGAACGGAGACAGAAUACUCUGGGGAAACAAUCAUUUCUUCAGAAUUAACUGUCCUAAACAGAAUAGCCCCCAGUCUCAGCUGACAGAACUGGACCAAACCAUUGACUAUAACUUUGCUCAGCAGGAGCUGAUGAUGAACGAGUACUCUAAUGACCCAAUACAGGAAGCCAUCUGUGAUCUGGAGAAGCAGUAUGAAGAGGACAAGCAGGAGGCUUUAGAGAAGCAGAGACAGGAGUAUGAACAGAGGAUGCAGAUUCUGAGGAACCAAAUUAUGUCCCCUGGUACCCCCAGUAAUCCCUAUCUCAAUUUCAACAGCCUCACUCCCACUGGCACAGGUUCCCAGAAUACACUACAGAGGAAGUAUCAGAAGUGGGCAGAAAAGAGAAAGAGCAACUUAAAGAACAGUUUACAAGUCCUCAGAGAGGAGGUACUGAAGGCUAAAGCUUUAGUGAGGGAGGCCAAUGUCUUAUCUCAAGAGAUGGGCAAGAGAACCGAAUUCCAGGUCACACUACAGAUUCCAGCCAGCAGUCUUAGUCCAAAUCGCAGGAAAGGGAAUGGUUUUGUCAGUGAGCCAGCCAUUUUGGUAAAGAGAAAGAACCGACCUAAUCAGAUCUGGUUGAUGGAGAAGUUGGAGAACAAGAUAAUAGACAUGCGUGAGAUGUACGAGGAGAGGAAGUCCUCCGGCCAGCCCCUCAUGGUAGAGGACUCUGACACUUGGGAUGAUAGUCCGGUAGUAAAGGGUGACCCAUUUUAUGAGUCCCAGGAGAACCAUAAUUUGAUUGGUGUAGCCAAUAUCUUCCUGGAAUGUCUCUUCCAUGAUGUUUCUUUGGAUUAUCAUGUCCCAAUCAUUAGCCAACAAGGAGAGAUUGCUGGAAAGUUGCACAUCCAAAUCGCUAAGCUAGGUGGCUCUUGCCUUGAGCGUUAUGGUGAUACAGCGAGUGAGGACAAUGAAGUAUCUGAUCCCGCGAUGACAGCAGGGGGGCCUAUGAUUGUCAGGCUGAACAUUCUGUCAGCUAAGGGCCUGCCUUCAUCCAUGUCUAACUUUGUUUUCUGUCAAUACACUUUCUGGGGCCAGGAGGAGUCGGUGGUCGUGCCUCCUCAGAUAGACCCCGACAAGGUAGAACGCCAGAAUUCCACCGGGGACACGGUCUGUGUCAAAUUCCAGCACCGAAAGGAUUUCAAAAUCAACAUAACAGAAGAGUUUGUAGAGAACUGUCAGGAUGGGGCUCUGUCAGUAGAAGUAUGGGGUCAUAGAGUCACAUCCACAGGCAACACCGAGACGGACAUAGCUAAAACAGUCAAAGCCAAAACUCGCUCUCUCACCGAAAGAUGGAAUGAGGUGAUGAGGAAACUGGAAUUGUGGGUAGAAAUAGAAGAGCUGAAUUAUCAGGGGGAGUGGUCUUCUGUAGAGGUCCAAUCCAAACCUGACGUCUUAUCAGCAGGGGUAUUUCAGCUACAACAGGGUCACUCCAGGAGAGUGAAAGUGCGCGUGCGGACAGUGACAGAGUCGGGAACCCUUCCUCUGAUACCAGAGACCAUCACGUCAGUAUCAGUAGGAGGGAUAACUAAUCGCAGCAAGCUACAGAAAGGUCUGGACAGUUACCAGGAGGAUGACCUCUCCAUUCUCCGAGACAAGUGGUCAGAGGCACUGGCCAAGAGAACAAAGUACUUAAAUGAACAAAUACAGAGUCUCAUUAACAAACAAGACAAAACGGAGGCUGAUUCUGACCGUGAGCGGGCUCUCCUGGACCAGUGGGUGUGUCUGACCGAGGAGAGGAAUGCUGUCCUGGUCCCAUCCCCGGGGAGCGGUAUCCCAGGGGCACCUGCCGAGGGGGAGACAGCCCCCAACCUGGAGAGGCAUACCCCUGUACUGUUUCUGGAUCUUAAUGCUGAUGACAUGAGUACAUCCCGAGCCAGGGAAGGCUAUCUUGCUGCGGGGGUAAAUUCUAUCCUACCUAAAGAGCAUGCAGGCUCCUUUGUCAACCUUCCCAUUACAAAAUCUGAAAUGGACAGUGGUUAUAUUUAUGCUGUUGCAUCGUGGGAUUCUACGGUCCAUGAUUCUGACUUACUGAACCGUGUUACUUCAUCCAAUGAUCGAAUUUAUCUAAUCCUGAAAGUAGUUGUCCGACUGAGUCACCCAGCUUACAUGGAACUAGUCCUCAGAAAGAGAAUAUGUAUCAACAUUUAUAACAGUCUCAGCUUUACCAGUCUGACAGGCAAACUCAGACAAAAAAUCACAGGCACUGAGAAGUUUUUUGAGAGUGGUGUAACCUACAGCAUGGUUUCCAACAUUCCAAAAGCUUCUGAAGAUUUGGAGAAUAUGGAAACCUUGGCCAAGAUGGCCGCCUCUCAGAACGACAUGAACACGGCCGAUGGGGAGUCGUACAUAGAGAAGUACCUUAAAGGUGUGCAGGGAGUGGAGAGUAUACUGAUGGUGGACAGACUCCGACAAGAAGUCGCCGUCAAAGAGCUGUCCUCUCAGAAGUCACGAUCUCUCACCAAGACUUACAGCGUCCCAAACAUACAUCAGAGUGUGAUGUCACCAUUGCAGGAUAGACAGCAGAAUCUUCGAGCAGACAGUAUACAGGAUUUGUCACAUGACCUGAGUUUGUCUCCGGCUCGACUUGGAUCCCCAGAGAGACCAAACUUUCUGAAUUUGAGAUCUCUUGCGAUCUCACAACGUACGUGUACUACUCUUCUCUCGAUGUGUUACCACGCUCUGGCCAAGUCUGCCUUGAGUCCUCACGGUGUGAAGGCCAUAAAACCCCUAAAUACCCUCCAGGAGGAGCAGAACCGACGAGAGAGGAAACCCCUACUGAGGGGGGACACAGACGAGGAGUUGGAGGAUGAAGAUUUAGUGAACAAGACACAGUCCUCUAAAAUUGAUACAGAUCCUAACAGUGGAGCAUCAGAUGACUUCCAGGAGUUUGAGUCUUACCAUCCCAUAGAAGAGAGCCAGAAAACAGUGACCUCAGAUGGGUUAGCCCACUCCUGUACAAGUGACAGCCUAGCUGAUGUACAAUGUAAAAAUUUCACCCCAAGUCUUGUCUCCAGUGGUUACGGAUCACAGGCUGUUUCCAUGUUAACUCUGUCAUCUGAGGAUUCACUCAGUAUCAAAAGUAUAGAGGACAAUGUAGAAUCUAAAAGAGGACAUAAAGGCAGUCCGGAGCAAACAAGUAGCGACUCGGAUAAUGAGGAGAACAAAGAGGUUCCCAUUAAACUUACCAAUAGUGAUUCUGAGACAGUGGAAGUUCAGAAGGAGGCUAUGACCUCAAUUUCUGAAAGCAAUAUUCAUAUAGCAGAAAAUAAAGCUGAGGAGAGAGAAGAGCUGAAUAAGUCAAAUGUGGAUUCAAAUUGUUCAUUAGAUACUUCUACUUCAUCUUUAGAAGCCAGAGAUGGAAGUUUAGCAGAAAAACCUGAUCCCAAUGACAGUAAUGUUCAUUCUGCAAGUUGUGAUACAUCUUUAUGUGAAUUAAGUAGUGAUGUUGAAACAUCAAACAUUGAAGUGGAUUCGUCAAUAAUUUCUCAGUCUGAAAAAUUAAAACGAUCAAAGGAGGAGAGGAAAAAAAUUGUUGAAAGUCUUGGUGCUAUAAGUAAAGACACUACAACAAGAAAGGUGAAUAAAGAAAACAGGAAGAAGUCAGAGGGUGCGUCACAAAGGGCCAGUGCAAUAAGUGAAUUUGUGGAUCCCUACAGUGAAACAGCCAUGGAGGAGCUGGAAAAGUUAGCCGCUGAGGAGGAGGAGGAGUCAGAAGAAUGUCCAGAGAAAGUGCCUCCAGUCAGGACUGUGGAGCCGCAUAUAUCAGAGACAACGGGGAAAUGUCCAUCAGGAAAACGGAGCCAGCAGCGCCCGGUGUCCUGUGUAGUGUCCCCCUCACGAGACAUGGUGUCUAUCUUGGAGGAGAGCAUGAAGAGGAACAGCCUUACUCUCCACCUCUCUGAUGAUGAAGAAAUGUCUGGUAAUGAUGACUCAGUAAGUGUGUGUUCAUUUGGAAGUAGAGCAGAUCUAGACAGACUACAGGAAAUCCCAGUACCCUCUUGGGUUCAAAAUGGAGAGAGUGUCAUAGUUCAGUCCUCAAAAGGGUCCUCUAAUACAGGAGUGGUCAGAUUUGUAGGAAACGUGGAGUUUGCAACAGGCCCAUGGGUUGGAGUGGAACUUGAUUUACCAGAAGGUAAAAAUGAUGGCUCUGUUAAAGGCACCAGGUACUUCAAGUGCAGGUCACGCCAUGGGAUUUUUGUGCGUCAUGAUAAACUGAUAUUAGACAAGAAAAGACGAGGGUCGCGUAAGCAAGCCAAAGAUUUGGCCAAAAGACACAGCAUGGGUAGUCCAGCUAAUAUGGGGGCCAGUUUGCCUAACAACCAAUCCUCUAGUCCAAACAAUACAGUUGUUAAAAGCAGUGCGAAAAAAAAAUUAUAAUGGAUGUCAUAUAUCUGAAAUAAGACUGAUGUGAUGUUAUGAAACUAUUCUGAUGUUCUCUUUGAAAUUUAACAUUUCACAAGGAGUUGGGUUUUCCAUAAUUAAUUUGUUCAUGAAUAGUUUACAAGGCUUUUUUCUUGUAUUUAUGUCAGACUUCUGUGUAAAAUAGCUGAUAUAUAAUAUAUAUACAGUUUGUGUAAAUGUUAAGCAUUUUAUUUAUAACCAAAUGCAGAAAUAAUCGUGUUUUAUUAGAUUUGUUACAUGAUUAAAAGCACUCUGGCAUUAUUGUAUGUAAAUUGUGCAUUUGCAUCAUUUAAUGAUUUCAUAUGUUCAUUUUUGCUGAUUUUUGCUAAAUGCUGUCUUUACAGCUAGAUAAUAUUGAUGAGCUUUCAGUAUUAAAGUUAUUAACUAAAGUGAUAUUUCCCAACAUGUCAUAGGGGAAACUCCACAAAUAUGUGUUGUGCUAAAUUUUAGAAUGUGAAAUUUAUUUGAAUGCUUCCAUGGCUAAACAAAGAGAGCCUUUGAAGUUGUAGGAAAAUCCCAAGACAUGGAUCUCUAUAAUGUAAGAAGGUCUUCCAGCAGACGUUAAAGAGAGGAAGGAUAAAUUGUGAGCUGUGAGAAAUUGACAUGUACUUGUGAGAAUCUAUAUAAAUCAUGUCAAAAAGGCACUUGUAGGCUAAUAUGUUGAGGGAUUAGGAUUUUUGUGACAUAAACAUUUUUGUACUUAAUAUUGAAUCAACAAUCUUUAUCUCACCUGAGGCAAAAGAAAAAGUGAACUUUUCAGAUCAAAUUUGUCCAUUGUUUAUCAUUCCUUUUUCAAAGUUAACAGUUCUUGAAAAACACUAGGUCAAUUUCAACCAAACAUAGCAACAACAAAAAAGAUUUUCAGAGAAAGGAAACUGAAGUCUAUUUGCCCUUUCAAUGCAAGAUAAUUAGAAGUAUAGUUAAAUGGCAUCCUUAAAAAUCUUAUGAAAAAGGGA